ACAACCCUUACUUUCAAGAAAAGAGGAGUAAAAUCUCUCUCAUACCUCAAGCUCACAACACAGAAGAAAUGGGGAGGGCACCUUGCUGUGACAAAGCCAACGUCAAGAAAGGCCCAUGGUCGCCUGAAGAAGAUGCCAAGCUCAAGUCAUAUAUUGAGCAGCAUGGCACUGGUGGUAAUUGGAUCGCUUUGCCACAAAAAAUUGGCCUCAAGAGAUGUGGGAAGAGCUGCCGCCUUAGAUGGUUAAACUAUCUCCGCCCAAAUAUCAGGCACGGAGGAUUCUCUGAAGAAGAAGAUAACAUCAUCUGUAGCCUCUAUAUAAGUAUUGGAAGCAGGUGGUCUGUUAUUGCAGCGCAAUUGCCAGGACGAACUGACAAUGAUAUAAAGAACUACUGGAAUACGAGACUGAAGAAGAAGCUCCUUGGUAAGCAGCGCAAAGAACAACAGGCUCGCAGAGGUAGCUGCCCGAAGCAAGAGAUGAAAAGAGCAAGUGGGAACGCCAUGGUUUCUGAUAAUGAAAACUUAAACCCUUACUGGCCUGAGUUGCCCGUGCCAGCACCAAUACCGUACCCAAACGAAGAACCACGCUUCAACGAUCAUUCAUCCAUCAGAAGAUUGUUAAUCAGGCUUGGAGGAAGAUUUUCUGAUGACGGACAACCACUCCAAAACGGGACAAAUCUUCAGCUCCCGAUUGAUAUUUCAUCCGUUCAACAACCUUUUGACCACUCAGUAAACUUUCUGUCUUCUUCUCCUAUGAAUACCCUAAACAACCCUCGUUCUGAAUUUCCAAACGCUGAGUACAAUAUGGAAGGGGGAGGGCUACACAUGCUACAAGGACAGAACAGUUUUUUAGCUGAGCUGGAGGAGAUGGCUUGUAGCAACCCACAAAGAUUAGAUGGGCUGGAGUUCUUAUAUGCGCAGGACAUGGCCAAUAACAAACCCGGAUCAACUGCUUAUGAGCAAAGUCUCAGUUGGGGUGAGACGAGCUCUCUGGUUUAUCCUCCUGUUGCUUCCAACUAUGAAGGUCUUCAACAGCAAGGGGUGACGCAAGAACAUGAUUUUGAAGAGUUGAGGUACCCUACCCCGCGAUAACCACACUGAACAUGGAUGGUGUAAAUUUGAACCGGUUGUGAAGUUGGUGCUGGAUUCCCAGACCUAAAAUUCUAAUAAACUCAUCCGGUGAUUUGUUUGUUUUUCACUUCUGUUUUCUCAUAUUUGCUUGCUCUAAGAACUGACUUUAGUAUCUCUAAGUUGCUUCUUCAAUGAACACUUUUACUGUACUUUAUUGGCCUGAA